AUGGCAGAAUUCACUCAUGAAAGUACGGAAAGCCAGGAGGAAGAAGAACUACAGGAGGAAGUGCUAGAUUUCGCACCAGCCGCAUUGGAUGACUCUCUGCCAGAAGUAGAAGAUCCUUUGCAGGAAAUAAAUUUGGGAACAGAGGAGGAUCCAAGGCCAACCUUCAUCAGCGCACUAUUGAAAGAACCACUUAAGAAUGAACUCGUUGCACUUCUACAAGAGUUCAAAGACUGUUUUGCUUGGCAUUAUCACGAGAUGCCAGGAUUAGACAGGGAAUUGGUAGAACACAAGCUACCAAUCAAAGAGGGAUACCUUCCAGUCAAACAGGCCAGAAGAAGAAUGUCCAUGGACACAGAACUGAAAGUCAAAGAAGAAAUAGAAAGGCUGCUCAAAGCAGGAUUCAUCAGGCCUGCCAUCUAUGCUGAUUGGCUAGCUAACAUUGUACCAGUUCUAAAAAGGAAAACUGGGGCAGUCAGAAUCUGCGUGGAUUACAGAAACCUGAAUGAAGCCUCUCCCAAGGAUGAAUACCCUAUGCCAAUGGCAGACAUGCUAGUAGAUGGAGCUGCCCACAACCAGAUGCUAUCUUUUAUGGAUGGCAACGCGGGUUACAAUCAGAUCAUGAUGGCAGAAGAAGACAUCCACAAGACAGCCUUCAUGUGUCCAGGGCAUAUAGGUGCUUUUGAAUAA